AUGGAGUAUAUUACAAAUCACGUUACAAAAGGUGGUAGGGAAAGAAUUCCAGUUUACUCCGGAAGCAAAGAAGAGAAAGAGAUUUAUUCUGAAUUUACAAAAAUCAUUAGAAUGGCAUGGGAGCAUGAUCCAUCAGAAAGGAUUUCUAUAGGCAAGCUUUAUAUAAUGCUUGCGAAUAUGCAAAACAAGUAUGUUCCUCGCGAAUACUUGCCCGACCUCUUACCCGAUAAAAUUUUGAAACUCGAUGAUAACAUGCCAGAAGAGCAUGUAAUGUCAGAUGAUGAAAGUCUUUACCUUUGUGAAGACGAUGAAGAUCUUAACGAAAUCGAGGAAAUUCUGGAAGUUGAUCAAGGAAUUGAACUUCAUGUAACGAGAGAUCCAGCAAAAAGGAAAGUAGCUUGGAAAUGUUUUGUGGCAAAUGCUGCUAAAGGACAUUCAAAAGCGAUAUUUUGGAAAGGAUAUUAUCUAUGGGAAGGAUAUUAUACAGAUGAAAAACGCACACCAGAGAAAAUCAUGGAAGAUCGAAAUGAAGCACUUCAUCUUUUUAAAUCUGCGGCAGAUGAUGGUAUCGCAGAAGCACAAUUGCGUUAUUCGUUUGCAUUAAAGGAAUUAAAGCAGAUCAAAGCGAAUGAUAAAUACGAAGAAUUUAUGCAUUACUUGAGAUUAGCAGCAGAAAAUGGAAAUCCAGUGGCAAUGUUUAAUUUGUCAGAUAUAUACAUAAAUGGAAAAUUAAAAGAAAAGAAAGAUGAGGCUACUGGCAUAAGAUAUCUAAAACUUGCAGCAUUGAAUAAGAAUGAGAAGGCAAUCAUGAUGGCAAAUCAAAUGAAAUUAAACAUUUACGAUUCGAAUUACAAUUAG